GACUUCUCCCAACAACGCUGACUAAAUAUGAGAAAGGCAACCCAAGCUCUGCUGUACAGCCACGAUGUUAUUUAAAACUGAGCUGCAUCAUGGCAGGACUACCGAGCAGUGAACUCAGCACGGAUCCACCCUUCACUCUGGGAAAACAACGCUUUUCAUGAGAGAUUCGAGCUCCAAGGAAUUCUUCGUGUUUCGUCUUGUCUUGUCGAGCCUCAGAUGUCGCUCCCGGUGGUGCUGCCCGGCUCCUGCUGUCCGUUCACCGGGGUUUCGCAGCUCACAGAGUCGUCUAACAGAAACCGAGUCCGUGGUUUGUCCGGCUCGUCGCGGAUCAGUGGCAGAGGCUCCGGGCUGCUGCUGCCCGGGCGGCCGCUGCUCUCGCUGGGCUUGCUGCAGCUGCUGCUCGGCGGCUCCAUGGUGGCGCUGUCUUUUGGAGCUUUGUCGCUCAGCAGCUCGCCUCCAAUCCGAAACUCCAGUCCGUUCUGGGCAGGCUCUUCGGUCAUUCUGUCCGGCAUCGUAGGCCUCACAACAUGGAGGAGACCCAUGCUUCUACUGGUCAAUGUGUUUAUCCUGCUGUCUGUGGUGUGUGUGUUCCUUAAUCUGGCUGGAUUCAUCAUGUGCUGCCAGGGAGCCCAGCUGGUUUCCAGUACAACCAGCUGCCAACUGAGUGAGGCUGGAGAUGUGUGUUACUGCUGCUCUCUCUCCCCCACAUCCAAAUGUCCUGAAGACAAGCUGCUGGAGCUCUAUCCUGCUCACUCCUGCAACACCAUGAGGAUUCUGCUGAAGAAAGUGUUGUUUGCACUGUGUGCUCUGAGCGCUCUCACCACAGCUGUUUGCCUCAUGGCAGCUGCCCUGAGAUACCUGCAAAUCUUCACUGCAAGAACACCUUCCAUGGAUGACCCCAGGGCCACAGUGGAGAACAUGGAAGAGCCUCCUCAGGCCCCUGACCCAGAUGAGUUUGUGGCCCCAGCCCCUCCUCCCUCUUACUUCUCUACUUUCUGUUCAUACACACCACGCCUGUCUCGCCGGAUGCUAGGGAACAGUGUGAUACCUCUCCUUCAUAUCUACGGGGCUCGGAUCAAAGGUGUGGAAGUCUUCUGUCCAUUAGACCCCCCACCUCCAUAUGAAGCAGUUGUGGGAAGCUCGGCCAAUGCAGUCACACAGGAGGCAGAGCUGACUACGAAUCAAGCCGCUGCGCCACCUGGAGCCUCUGUUCAAGAUAUGAGUCCCCAAAUGGAAUCACCAACACCGAAUGUUGUUCCAAAGGCCAAGACCCAUCUCCAUCCUCCUCCUCCUCCUCCUCCUCCUCCUCCUCCACAGAAUACGCCAGCACUGACAUCCUGCAGGAAAAAAAGGAUCUGUCGUUCCAACAGUGACCCGGUGUUGAAUGACUUCACUGCUAAAGUGUGGAUCAGCAGCGAUGCUCCCCUUGCUCAUUCUCCACAGACUGCAGACUCUUCCACCCAAACCUCUCAGCCAAUGCUGGCUGCCCACACUCAGGUCACACUGCGACGGGGCAAAAACAACAGCAGGACACCGCGCCGGCCCAGACCUACCUCCAUGGUGGACUACCAAAGCUAUCAACACACACAACACCUGGUCAGGAAAAUCCUGGAGCAGCCGGCUGUCCAGGGCUUGGCCCCCGAGGUCCAGGAGCUGGUAGACAGCAUACGUAAUGUCCUGCAGUCAGAUCAGGAACACAUGGAAGAGGCUGUCCGCUGCGCUAGUUACAUUGAACAGGUGUUCACUGACUCAGUGUCGGGUCCCACUCAGCCAAAACCUCCCCGGCAGCCAAGAGGCCCUUCCCCCCAGACUUUCCCUCGCCUACCCAAUAGAUGGCCUAGCCUGCUGCACCUGCAGAGCUGCGGGGACCUGAGCUCCUUCAGCUGUGCAGCACUCGAGUCUCUGGAACAUCAAGGAAACAGCAAAACAGCUAGACUGAGGGCAGGCUGUAGAGCGGGUACAAGAGGACGAUCCCGCCUGGAUCAUCCGGAACGUGCUCACAGUCUGACAGGAGUCUUUAAAGAGACAGUGCUUUGAGGGAAAAUUGAUGUUAAUAAAAUAUGUUGGGUGGUUACACAGUUGACUGUUGCUACUGUUGAAUUUGUUGCUUAACUUUGAUAGAACACUAUUAUAAGCCAUGAACUACAAAUCCAACCACUGAGGUGAUGUCGGCAGAUGAGUUUGUAUGAAUGAAGUCAUACAGAGCAUCAUAUCAGCUCUUCUGUCAACAGUAACCUAAUCCUGUGGCCGCAGAAAAUGGUGAAAGUUAUGCAACGUAAUUGGACAUAUCUACCUUCUUUAUAAAAACUGAUGGUGGCAUGUGGUUGGAAUAAAAUUUUCCAGAAGAGA